AUGGGUGGCGGCUUUUCGCUGGGCAAUGCACUCUCCUCCUUUGCCUCGGGCUUCUGGGGUCAGUCCAUUGGUGUCAAGUUGGGCUCCAAGAAGGUGCAGAUCACUGGCGGUCGCGAUGUGGAGGCAUCUGCAGACGUGGAGGUUGCUGGCAAGAAGGAGACCCUGAGAUACAAGGCUGAGCUCAUGCCUUUGAGCUCCUUGAGCAUGAGCGAAGAGGUCAUCUCUGUGAAGCUGCCGGAGCCCAUCGGCGACCAGGCGCGUCGUGUCAAGGUGUAA